CAUAGCGACAUAUCUUGACAGCGCGAGCUGCAUUUGGACGCUAAUGUUUUUGCACGUUUAGCUUAGCAUAGUAUUAGCUACAAGAUGGAAAGGUUUUAAAUUGCUGUAAUUUCCUUUAGACUUUCGAAGCGUCCUACAUUAUAAGGCAAAGUGUAAAGAGAUUGCCGUAAGGUCCCGCCCCCUGAAUAGGAUUGGCUAACAGUACCCAGCUGUUUUUUUGCUAUUGGCUGAUGGUUUUAACGUCUUUCUCUAGCUGAGCGCUGAUUGGACAGAAUCCCUGUGCAGGAGGAUUUGUCGGAAAACGAGGGGAGAGAAAAAUAAGGCCAGAAAUCAGCUCCUGGGUUUAAGUCGUUGAAUCACUUCAGCCUUAGAGGAAGUAAAGCUGGCUGCCAUGGACGAGCAGAGUGUUGAGAGUAUAGCGGAGGUGUUCCGCUGCUUCAUUUGUAUGGAGAAGCUGCGAGAUGCUCGCCUCUGCCCACAUUGCUCCAAACUCUGCUGUUUCAGCUGUAUACGGCGCUGGCUGACGGAGCAGAGGGCACAGUGUCCACACUGCCGAGCUCCAUUACAGCUGCGUGAGCUGGUGAACUGUCGCUGGGCCGAGGAGGUCACACAGCAACUGGACACACUGCAGCUCUGUAAUCUGUCCAAACACGAAGAGAACGACAAAGACAAAUGUGAAAACCACCAUGAGAAGCUGAGUGUUUUCUGCUGGACCUGUAAGAAAUGCAUCUGUCAUCAGUGUGCCCUGUGGGGCGGCAUGCAUGGAGGACACACGUUUAAGCCACUGGCUGAGAUUUACGAGCAGCAUGUUAACAAGGUGAACGAGGAGGUGGCCAAACUGCGACGCCGUCUCAUGGAGCUCAUCAGCCUUGUUCAGGAAGUGGAGAAGAACGUGGAGGCGGUGCGAGGGGCCAAGGAUGAGCGAGUGAGAGAGAUCAGGAACGCUGUAGAGAUGAUGAUCGCACGUCUGGACAAUCAGCUCAAAAACAAACUCAUCACUCUCAUGGGCCAGAAGACGUCCCUCACACAGGAGACGGAGCUGCUCGAGUCUCUGCUGCAGGAAGUGGAGCAUCAGCUGCGCUCGUGCAGUAAGAGUGAACUGAUCUUGAAGAGCCCAGAGAUCCUGCUCAUGUUCCAGCAGGUCCACAGGAAACCCAUGCAGUCCUUUGUCACCACACCUGUACCACCUGACUUCACCAGUGAGCUGGUUCCUGCUUAUGACUCAAGCACUUUUGUUCUGGCAAACUUCAGCACACUGAGACAGAGAGCAGACCCUGUGUACAGCCCCCCACUCCAGGUGUCAGGACUGUGCUGGAGACUGAAGGUUUACCCUGAUGGGAAUGGUGUCGUUCGGGGAAAUUACCUUUCUGUUUUUCUGGAGCUCUCAGCAGGCCUGCCCGAGACUUCCAAGUACGAGUACCGUGUGGAGAUGGUGCACCAGGCUUCCAACGACCCGACCAAGAACAUCAUCCGAGAGUUUGCGUCAGACUUUGAAGUGGGUGAGUGUUGGGGCUACAACCGCUUCUUCAGACUGGAUCUGCUGGCUAGUGAAGGUUACCUUAACAUGCAGACUGACACGCUCAUCUUGAGGUAUCAGGUGCGGUCGCCCACCUUCUUCCAAAAGUGCCGUGAUCAGUAUUGGUACAUCAGCCAGCUGGAGGCAGCACAGUCUAGUUACAUCCAACAGAUCAACAAUCUGAAGGAGAGGUUGGCCAUUGAACUUUUCCGGCGGCAGAAUUCUCGGAGCUCGUCUCCACCGGAUCACCGCAUGUACCAGCCCACAUCCAGCACCGGCGCUCCGUCGGGCCGAGACUCGGGCCCUGAGAAGGGCACCGCAGUGGAGGACGUGUCCCUGGUGAACGGACAGCAGACAAAAGAGGAGGAAGAGGAGGAGGAAGAGGAAAAGACUCAGCAUGAUGACUCUAAUGACCUGUCUGACGGUGACCUGGAGGUGGACUGUCUGACCGGAGACGAGGACGUGAACCCUCUGGAUGGCAGCAGCACCUCCGGCAGCUCCACGGCGACUAGCAACACGGAGGAGAACGACAUUGACGAGGAGAAUAUGUCUGGAGAGAACGAUGUGGAGUACAGCGGGAUCAUGGACCUGGAAGAAGGAGAAAUUCCUGAUGAGGUCAUAGGAGCCACAGUGACUCACACUGAGCAUAGUGUCUCCACCUGCUGCUCAGGAGGCUCCACUGCAGGAAUCUGGGGUUCGAGGAGGAGCGCAGCAGGAGCCACGGCCAGUCUGCUGGACAUCGACCCGGUCAUCCUGAUCCAGCUACUGGACCUGAAAGAACACAGCAAUGUGGAGUCUCUGUGGGGAAUUCAGCCUCGCCCACCUGCCUCACUGAUCCCCAGCCAGGCUUCGUUAGUUUCGGCCCGUAAAGAGCGAGAGCGUCGUUCUCAGGCCGUGCGCCGCUCUGCUCCGGACUCUGCCGUCCUUAACCGACUCAAGGCCCAGAUGGCGGAGGUUCGCAGCAAGAUGGCGGACGUGAAGGGACAGUUGGAGGCCCGUGCUGGUGUCUCUGAUGCUCGAGUUACUCCUUUGUGCUCUGUUCUGGAUCAAAGCGCCUCGACAGACCCGGAAACGGCAGCAAGACGCAAACCGCGAGAUCUGGACCUGCUGUUUAAAGCUCCUGUGGCGAACAGACACGGCCGCCACGGUGGCAAGAAAGUUGUCUCCCCCAUGCAGGAAGUGGGAGGAGCAGUGGGAGGGGUCUCUCUGCUCCGGACAGGUGAGGCCGGUGAGAGAGAGCUGAGAGGAGCAGCAGGAGACUCUCUUGAGCCAUCCCUGUGCCCUAGAGAGGGACCUUCUACUACAGAAUGUUCAGUGAAAACUCUGAAUACACACACUUCCCCUCCCACUGGCCCCGGGGCCUCUGAGAACCACUCCAAAGCAGACGAGUCUCUGUACAGAGCUGCUGGGAGUGACGUGUUCAGUCUGCCCUCUCUGAGCACAGCGCCUCCUGCAGGCAGCAAGCAGCACAGGACCACCUGCAGCACUGUUUCCCUGUUGAGCGACAUGUCAUUAGAUUUUGAUCAUGACCACCUUGGAGACAUCCACCAACCACCGAGUCUCACAGACUCACCAUCGUCCUCCUCACAUCCUAAAGAAGGGUUCCUGUGUCAGAAGCCAUCUACUCACCUGUUGCCAGUUAUGAGCAGUGACAGUGAGGUGGAGUGUGAUACUGAGAACGAGCAUGAGAAUGUGGACGAGGCUGGAGUUUUGGAGGAUAGAGAGGUUCUCCCACUGCCAAGCUUAGGAGAGCAGCUGAUGCCGGAUGAUCUGAGCUUUGUGACUGAGGAGACCAGUGAGAGGUGAUCAUCAGACUGUGUGUGUCUGAGUCGGGGUGGAGGGUGUGCACAUUUCACAAGAGGAUACACUAUUUAUGGAAAGCUUAUGCUUGUGUGUGUGUGUGUGUGUGUGUGUGUGUGUGUGUGUGUGUGGUUUUGAACUGUUCUUGAACACGUUUAGAAUGACUGAAGUAAACAGACACAUGAUUAACUUUUAGUUCAUUAUUUAAUUCCAGAUAUAGUCUCCACCUACCAUACUGUAGGCCACGCCCCCUGUCUGCGUGACGGUCCAUUUAAACUAAGACGUCUUUCACAUUUAUUCUUAGGCUGAAUUUUGCUCCUGAGUGAGUUUAAGUUGUGAGGAUUUCUGCACAAUCGCUGAAAGCUACUCUCCUUUUCUGUCUUAUUUAUAGUUGUGUUUAUUUUUAAUGUCAUUUGGACUCUUAGUUUGUGAAAACUACUGUGAGGUUUUGUGGAGUUCUGGUUCAUACGACCUGCUCCUGUAUUUACUGAUCUGGGAGAUGGGAGGUGUUACAUGUGCACCAUGUCCUCCUCCUCCAGCAGGGGGCGCUUUCCACUGAGAGCAUGUUCCACACGUGCUGAUGUGGUCACUCUCUUCUCUCCAUACACCAUGUUCAUGACCUUAAACAGCUCUCACCUUCACCUUCACCUUCAUCACUCUGGAGGCAGCAGUUUAUCUGAAUCCAUACACUGUUUUUAUUAAGAUGGUGAUUUACUGAAAAAAAUAAUAAAAAAAAAAACUUCCUGGUGAAAA